GUCUAUUCAAGUCUGCUAGCGGGACAAGCUGACUUACUUUUCCAGAAAGACUCCGAGCGGCCGUGGCUCCAUAAAUGUGCACCGUCCUCUCCCGUGCUCGCCUGCACUGCACCGCGGAGGAACUCGCACCGGCCGCCUUUACGCACGACGCAGCUCCGGCUCCACCAGCUCUCAAACUUUCCUCGGCGCCCGUUUUCAUGACGAGUAUCCAACUUUCACGAAGGAAUUAAAGGGGAGACGAUUUUUUAUUUCCUUCCAUUGCUUCCUUUCCCCUCCCCUCCUCCUCCUCCUCCGCUGAAAAUAUCCAAGGAUGCCUCGUCCGGGGAGAAACACGUACAGCGACCAGAAGCCACCUUACUCCUACAUCUCCCUCACGGCCAUGGCGAUCCAGAGCUGUCCCGAGAAGAUGCUGCCCCUCAGUGAAAUUUACAAGUUCAUCAUGGAUAGAUUCCCCUAUUACAGAGAAAACACCCAGCGGUGGCAAAACUCCCUGCGCCACAACCUGUCAUUUAACGACUGUUUCAUCAAAAUCCCCCGACGCCCGGACCAGCCGGGGAAGGGCAGUUUCUGGGCUCUGCACCCCAGCUGCGGGGACAUGUUUGAGAACGGAAGCUUUCUGAGACGCCGCAAGAGGUUCAAGGUGUUGUCUGCCUCGGACCAUUUGGCCCCCAGUAAGCAGUCGGACGCUGCCCAUUACCUGCAGCAGCAGGCCAAGCUGCGGCUGAGCGCGCUGGCCGCCACCGGCACGCACCUUCCCCAGAUGUCACCCUACAACCUCGGAGUGUCCCAGACCUCGACCUUCAAGCACCCGUUCGCCAUCGAGAACAUCAUCGCCCGAGAGUACAAGGUCCCGGGAAGCCUGGCGUUUUCCACCAUGCAGUCCAUGUCGGCGGGGUACCCGCUGCACAACCAGCUGACGACGGCGUGGCCGCACAUGUACAACAGCAGCGUCAUCGACACGGCGGCCCCCAUCUCCAUGGCGGGCGGCGACUACAGUGCCUACGGCGUGCCCUUAAAGUCCCUGUGUCACGGGGGGGGACAGUCCUUACCGGCCAUACCCGUGCCCAUCAAGCCCACCCCGACCUCCAUGGCCGGCUUUUCGGCCGGGCUGCCGGCCCACAUCCCCGCGUUCCUCUCAAACUCUCCGCAGUCUCUGAGCCCGACGUCCCCACAGACAGCGACCAGCCAGAGCAGCCCGGCGACCCCGAGCGAGACCCUGACCAGCCCGUCCACCCUGCAGUCCGUGGCCGUGCACUGACCGCUGGAACUGUCCCAGUAUAUACACACUGAGACUGCUGGCCGGCUCCCAGGAGCCCCCACACACACCCCCCUUACACCUUUUACCAAAAUCCAAAGUUUCUAUUCUCUGCCGUCGGAAACUAUCAAAGGCGAGUUGCAGUUGCAUAUCGAUUUAUUUGUGUAUACGUGUUGAAUGUGUCGCUUCAAAUCGUGUCAAGUGUCCAGCACAGAAUCGCACAGCGAAGUAUUUGCUCUUGAAAAUAUAAAUUAUUUGAUAGUUUUAUUUUUCAGUUUAUUGUGAUAUGUGAGUGUUGCCGGUGCUGAGGGAAACGGGGGGCGAAUAAGCGCUCUCCAAUCUAGUGGCACAGGUUUUUGAGUUUUACCAAGUGGCAAAACUUUUGCACCGUUUCUGUGGGACCACUGUAAUCUCAAUGAAAUUGCGAGGCAAUGGCUACGUGUUAUUGUUUGCUUUUAACUCUGACGAUGGGUAAGAGUAAACCAAAUAGGAAUAGGAUUAGAAUUUCUUCUCAUAUCAUCCCUGUAAAAGAGAAGCAAACUGACUUAUUAAGAAAAAAAAAAUCUUUACAGCAUUGAAAAACAGUAUUGUGAGAUGUCCACAAAAUGCAAGAUGUGAAUAUUGCAAACUGAUACUGAAAUAUUGUAAAAUGCACUUUUUUAGUUUUAUGUUUUAGAUAUCUAUUUUGCAGAAUAAUGUUCUGUGAAGCAUUUAAUUUAAAGGCUGUGGUGACCAUAUGUAUCAGAAGCUGUACAUUUGUAUUAUUUUUCUUUUUUCUUUUCUUUUAUUUAGGUGAAGCAUGCGUUUUAAAAUUUGUGUUGUUACUAUUAAUGU